AUGACAUACAGUGAGGUCUGUGUAUCCUCUCCUGGACAACUUUGCUACCGUGUGUUUGAUGACAAUGAAAGGGAGCCUGAGACCAAAUUCUGCUACAUGUGCCAGUGUUUAUUGACCUACUGGCAUCAAAAUGAUCAGACGGUCCAUUCUGUCUGCCCCCUGGGGUUCCGACGGGAGGCUACGGUUCAAGCUGAACGGCGGUCAGGGGCGGUCGGGCCUGGGGCGCAAGCCUCCGGAGCCCCCGCCGCAGGAGCCCCCGCCGGCCCAGGCCCGCGCCGCGUUUCCCGGGGCCUCCCCUCGGGUCGGGUCGGGUCGGGUCUGGCCGGGUCGGGCGGGGCGGGGCGGGGCGGGGCGCGGAGGGCGGCGGGGCGGUCCCACAGGCCGGGAGGCGGGCCUGGGCGGGGCGCGCCGUCAGCUGACUCCGCCGCCCCCGCGCUCGGCGCUUCCUCCUCGGGGUCCGGGCGGAGGUCAGGUGCGCGGGCGGCAGCUCCGCCAGACCUGGGCCGACCGGCCAUGAGGCACCGCGGGCUGGGGCUGGCGGCGCUGCUGGCGCUGCUGGCGGCGCUGGCCCCGCGCUCCUCCGCCGCGCCGGAGCCGGCCCUGUGGCCUAUGCCGCUCUCGGUGAAGACGUCUCCGCGCCUGCUGCACCUCUCCCGCGACAACUUCUCCAUCGGCUACGGCCCCUCGUCCACCGCCGGCCCCACCUGCUCCCUCCUGCAGGAAGCUUUUCGGCGAUAUCACGAAUACAUUUUUGGUUUCGACAAGAGGCAGCGUCGCCCUGCUAAACCUAAUAGUGCGAUAGAGUUACAGCAACUUCUCGUCACGGUUGUCCUGGACUCGGAGUGUGAUCUUUUCCCCAACAUCACUUCAGACGAGUCCUAUACUUUACUUGUGAAAGAACCAGUGGCUUUCCUCAAGGCCAACAGAGUUUGGGGAGUAUUACGAGGUUUAGAGACCUUUAGCCAGUUAAUUUAUCAAGAUUCUUACGGGACUUUCACCAUCAAUGAAUCCGACAUUAUUGACUCUCCAAGGUUUCCACAUAGAGGAAUUUUAAUUGAUACAGCCAGACACUUUCUGCCAGUUAAGAGCAUUCUCAAAACUCUGGAUGCCAUGGCUUUUAAUAAAUUUAAUGUUCUCCACUGGCACAUAGUUGAUGACCAGUCUUUCCCUUAUCAGAGUGUCACUUUUCCUGAGUUAAGCAACAAAGGCAGCUAUUCUCUGUCUCAUGUUUAUACACCAAACGAUGUCCAUACGGUGAUUGAAUAUGCCAGAUUACGAGGGAUUCGAGUCAUACCAGAAUUUGAUAGCCCUGGACAUACACAGUCUUGGGGAAAAGGUCAGAAAGACCUCCUGACUCCAUGUUACAAUGAACAUAAGCAGUCUGGGACCUUUGGACCUAUAAACCCUAUUCUGAAUUCAACUUAUAACUUCCUGUCUCAGUUUUUCAAAGAAGUUAGUAUGGUGUUUCCAGAUCACUUUGUUCACUUGGGAGGAGAUGAAGUGGAAUUUCAAUGUUGGGAGUCUAAUCCAGAAAUCCAGGGUUUCAUGAAGCAGAAAGGUUUUGGCAAAGAUUUUAGAAGACUAGAAUCUUUCUACCUUCAAAAGCUUUUGGGUAUUGUUUCAACUGUAAAGAAGGGAUCCAUAGUCUGGCAAGAGGUUUUUGAUGAUCACGUGAAGCUUCUGCCAGGUACAAUUGUUCAAGUGUGGAAAAAUCAAGUAUAUACUGAGGAACUACGUGAAGUCACAGCAGCUGGCUUCCCUGUGAUACUUUCUGCUCCUUGGUACUUAGAUUGGAUUAGUUAUGGACAAGACUGGAGAAAUUACUAUAAAGUGGACCCUCUUCAUUUUGAUGGUUCUCAAGAACAGAAAAAACUUGUCAUUGGUGGAGAAGCUUGUCUGUGGGGAGAAUUUGUGGAUGCAACUAACCUUACUCCAAGAUUAUGGCCUCGGGCAAGUGCCGUUGGUGAAAGACUCUGGAGUCCAGAAGACAUCACGAGUGUAGGGAAUGCCUACAACAGACUGACAGUUCACCGCUGCAGAAUGGUCAGACGGGGAAUAUCUGCAGAACCUCUUUUUACUGGAUAUUGUGACUAUGAAUACAAAACAUAAAAAUGAGCCUAAACAAAGAAGAGGAGGGGACAAAACCUACAGCAGUCUGUACUACAAUCAAAUUGAUUUUGAAAUCAUGGAAAUUAAGAUUUAGUGCACUGUUUUAAAUAAAAGAUGUAUCUUUUUUAAAAUGGGACCUCUAUCUGAUUAUAGAAUGGGCAACUCCAGUACCACUGUCACUUUAGUUAGUUCAGUAAAGCAAUAAAAAUUCUUCUUACUGAAACUGCAGUUGA